AUGGCUGGCGGUCUCGUCAAGUACCGGCAUCUUAGCCGCAACUCCUCGGCGCGAAUGGCCUUGCUGCGUGGUCUCGUCACCCAGCUCGUCCAGUAUGAGCACAUCCAGACCACCUACGCCAAGGCCAAGGAGACCCAGCGCAUGGCCGAGAAGCUCAUCACCCUGGCGAAGCGCGAUAACGAGCCCUGCAGGCGGUCAGCACAGGGAAUUCUCUACACACCUCAUAUCCUCCUCCCUAAGCUCUUUGGUGAGCUUCGACAGCGAUACCUACCCCGCGAAGGUGGCUACACCCGCGUAGUCCGCACCGAGUCCAAGAACACAUACGACCAGGGCGAGAGCGCCAUCCUCGAGUUCGUCGACGGCCCCAAGGACUCGCGCUUCAUGAUGACGGCCAAGACCGUCGCCCGCGACCGCAUGCUCGGCAACGACCACACCCCCGUAACCCGCCUCAACAUCAAGAAGGUGACGCAGUUCCGCGGCAAGGACGACUUCGAGGCCAUGGUGCAGAAGUUCAUCGCCCUGCACGCUGAGAAGGAGGGCGGAAAGGCUGCGCUGGAGGAGGAAACCCCCGCCGAGAAAGAGUCCGCGAGGCUGGCGGAUAAGACCCAGCAGAGGGCGUCACAAAUGGCGGCGGGCAUCGUCCCUGAGAGCGUGAAGCAGGCGGCCAAGAAGACCCAGAACCAAAAGAGCUCACAAUAG